GGAGGAGUGGACUGCAGUGGGGGGCUCAGCGAGAAACAAGUGGUGGUAGGUCUGCCUUUGACAUUAGCUGCUGUCAUGGACAUUUCUACACAUAACAGUUCAUUUGGCCGACUUUAAUGUGUCCGACGAGACAAAGAAGCAGUCAGAAUGAAGUUUAAUUCAAAAUAACUUUGAUCGAAGUAACAAAAAACCAUCAGGGGGUUUGCUGUCAGCUAGCUCGCUAGCCUGGUUUGAGCUGCAGCUUCUACAACAAGGGCUGAACUGAGCUGUCUUAGGAGGAUGCCUGUGAAUGCUCCUAUUUGCACUUUGGGAUUAAUCCUGUGGAUAUUGUUGCAAUUGUGGGAUUAAUACUCAGACAGAAGCGAUGCCCGUGAAAGGAGAAGAAUCUCCUCCUGCAGCAGAGGAGGACGUACCUGCUACACAGUCCUCUCAACCAGGCGAACAUUCCCUGUCAGCAGUGUCUAAUACUUUGAAACACAAUGAGGAGAACAGUCUCCAGGCUGACAGCGCCUCUGCAAGUCCUGAAGUCAAAACAAAAGAGCGUGAGGCUGAGCAGGCGUCCUCUGAGGUAAAUUCAGGAAAGCCAUCAACAGGGGCGACCACCCAGAGACCUUCCAGAGCUGCCGCGCCGAUGCUCUGCUCAGGGCCCGAGGCGAGGGACCGCCUCAAGUUCAUUCUGGGAGCAUCAGAGGACAACUCCUCAGACGAGGAACCUCUGGUCACCAAACCUCCAAGCGGCACAUCUCAGCCACCGAACUCCAACUCCAGACCUUCAUCUCGGCGGUCUUCCUCUGCAGGGAUGCAGUCCAACUCCUCAGGCAUCAAGCCUAGCAUGUCUGGUCUUCACUUGGUGAAAAAAGGACGUGAGCAGAGAAAGAUGGACCUGCAGAGGGACUUCACUGUGGCCUCUCCUGCUGAGUUUGUCACCAGGUUUGGUGGAAACCGUGUCAUUGAAAAAGUGCUGAUAGCCAACAAUGGUAUAGCUGCAGUGAAAUGUAUGCGUUCUAUUCGUCGCUGGUCCUAUGAAAUGUUUCGUAAUGAGAGGACCAUCCGAUUUGUGGUGAUGGUGACCCCUGAAGACCUGAAAGCUAAUGCAGAAUACAUAAAAAUGGCAGACCAUUAUGUGCCCGUCCCUGGUGGGCCCAACAAUAACAACUACGCCAACGUAGAGCUGAUAGUGGACAUUGCUAAAAGGAUCCCAGUGCAGGCGGUUUGGGCCGGUUGGGGUCAUGCCUCAGAAAACCCCAAACUGCCCGAGCUGUUGAGCAAAGCAGGAAUAUCGUUUUUAGGGCCGUCCAGUAAGGCCAUGUGGGCUCUUGGGGAUAAGGUGGCUUCUUCCAUUGUGGCUCAGAGUGCUGACAUUCCCACGCUACCAUGGAGCGGAUCAGGUCUGAGAGUGGACUGGGAAGAGGAGGACCAAAUACUGGGGAAUGUAAUCAGUGUUCCUCCAGAGAUCUACGUAAAAGGCUGUGUUCAGGAUGUAGAUGAUGGGCUUGAAGGGGCUGAGAGGAUCGGUUAUCCGAUUGUCAUCAAGGCUUCUGAGGGCGGAGGUGGAAAGGGGAUCCGGAAGGUUGAAAGCUCUGACGAUUUUACAAGUGCUUUUAGACAGGUUCAGACAGAGGUACCAGGCUCGCCUAUCUUCGUCAUGCAGCUGGCUCAGCAUGCUCGACACCUUGAGGUUCAGAUCCUUGCAGAUGAGUAUGGAAACGCCAUCUCUCUGUUUGGACGAGAUUGCUCCAUCCAGAGGAGACACCAGAAGAUCAUCGAAGAGGCCCCUGCAACCAUAGCAGCUCCCUCAACCUUUGAGCAAAUGGAACGGUUUGCUGUGAGACUGGCCAAGAUGGUGGGCUACGUGAGUGCAGGUACUGUGGAGUAUCUCUUCUCUGAGGACGGAAGUUUCCACUUCCUGGAGCUGAAUCCUCGCCUGCAGGUUGAACAUCCCUGCACUGAGAUGAUUGGAGAUGUGAACCUGCCAGCUGCUCAGCUACAGAUUGCGAUGGGGAUCCCCCUGCACAGAAUAAAAGACAUCCGCUUGCUUUAUGGAGAGACUCCAUGGGGUGACACUUUCAUUACCUUUGAGACCCCAGAGUGCAUACCAAGUCCAAGAGGGCACGUUAUAGCUGCUCGGAUUACCAGUGAGAACCCUGAUGAGGGGUUUAAGCCCAGCUCUGGUACUGUUCAGGAGCUGAACUUCCGCAGCAGUAAAAAUGUUUGGGGCUAUUUCAGUGUAGGGGCAACUGGUGGCCUGCAUGAAUUUGCAGACUCACAGUUCGGACACUGUUUCUCUUGGGGGGAGAACCGUGAAGAAGCUAUCUCGAACAUGGUGGUGGCUAUGAAGGAGCUCUCCAUCAGAGGCGACUUCAGGACCACGGUGGAAUACCUCAUUAAGUUGCUGGAGACAGAAAGCUUCAGAAACAAUGACAUCGACACUGGCUGGCUGGAUCAUCUAAUUGCAGAGAAAGUGCAGGCGGAGAGACCAGAUACCAUGCUGGGGAUUGUUUGCGGGGCCUUGCAUGUUGCUGAUGCAAGCUUCAGAAAGAGCAUGUCCGACUACCUACAUUCACUUGAAAGAGGCCAAGUACUUCCUGCAGCCAGCCUCCUCAACUCUGUCAGUGUUGACCUGAUAUACGAGGGAGUCAAGUUCUAUCUCAAGGUGGCUCGCCAAUCUCCAACUACCUAUGUCAUCAUAAUGAACGGCUCCAACAUCGAAAUAGAUGUCCACCGGAUGAGUGAUGGUGGCCUCCUGCUGUCUUAUGACGGCAGCAGCCACACCACCUACAUGAAGGAGGAAGUGGACAGCUACCGCAUCACUGUCGGCAACAAGACUUGUGUCUUUGAGAAAGAGAAGGACCCCACGGUGCUGAGGUCGCCAUCCGCUGGGAAACUGCUGCAGUACAUUGUGGAGGAUGGGGGUCAUAUUUUUGGAGGAGAGACGUAUGCAGAGAUCGAGGUGAUGAAGAUGGUUAUGACGCUGACUGUCCAUCAGUCUGGUUGUAUCCACUUUGUCAAGAGGCCUGGAGCAGUUCUGGAGCCGGGUUGUGUGGUGGCACGGAUAGACCUGGAUGACCCCAGCAGUAUACAUCCUGUGGAGCUUAACACAGCCAUAUUACCACCCCAACAACCACUGCCCAUUGUGGGAGAAAAGCUUCACCAGGUGUUCCACAGCGUGCUGGAAAACUUGUUCAAAGUAAUGGAUGGUUACUGCCUGGAGGAGCCCUAUUUUAGCAGCAAGCUGAAACAGUGGGUGGCUACCCUGAUGAAGACCUUGAGGGACCCCUCACUGCCACUGUUAGAACUUCAGGAGAUCAUGACGAGUGUGGCCAGUCGCGUUCCUCCUGGUGUGGAGAAAAGCAUCCGCAAAGUCAUGGCCCAGUACGCCAGCAACAUCACAUCUGUCCUCUGCCAGUUCCCCAGCCAAAGAAUAGCAAAUAUCCUGGAUAGUCAUGCAGCAACUCUACAGCGAAAGGCUGACCGAGAGGUUUUCUUCAUGAAUACUCAGAGUAUUGUUCAGUUGGUACAGAGGUACCGAAGUGGAAUUCGGGGUUAUAUGAAGUCUGUGGUUCUCGAUCUGCUGAAGCGAUACCUGCAAGUGGAGAUGCAGUUUCAGCAAGCUCACUACGACAAGUGUGUAAUCAACCUAAGAGAGCAGCACAAACCUGACAUGAGUCCUGUGCUGGAGUAUAUCUUCUCUCAUGCACAGGUCUCCAAAAAGAACAUCCUUGUCACAAUGCUCAUUGACCAACUAUGUGGACGGGAUCCCACGCUGGCAGAUGAGCUGAUGGCCAUUCUGAACGAGCUCACGCAGCUCAGCAAGAUGGAGAACUCUAAGGUGGCAUUAAGAGCCAGACAGGUUUUGAUUGCAUCCCAUUUACCGUCAUACGAGCUGAGGCACAACCAGGUGGAGUCCAUCUUUCUCUCAGCCAUCGAUAUGUACGGACACCAGUUUUGUCCAGAAAACUUGAAGAAACUCAUCCUCUCUGAAACCUCCAUCUUUGACGUCUUACCAAAUUUCUUCUAUCACUCCAAUCAAGUGGUUUGCAUGGCUGCUUUGGAGGUGUAUGUGCGCAGAGCUUACAUCGCCUAUGAGCUAAACAGCAUCCAGCAUCACCAGCUGCAAGAUGGAACGUGCGCUGUAGACUUCCAGUUCAUGCUGCCAUCCUCACAUCCCAACAGAGGGAGCAGCCCUACUCUGAACAGGGUUCCUGUGCCAGUCAGUGGAUCAGGCCAGUUUCAGAUGAGGCGGCAGAGCAGUGAGCUCUACCUGGAGGGAGCUUUCUCUCCACCCUGCCAGCGCAUGGGCGCCAUGGUGGCCUUCCAGUGUUUUGAUGACUUCAGAAGGAAUUUUGAUGAAGUGCUCUCCAGUUUUGCUGAACCACUAUUAGAGACUGCUCCGUUCUCAGAGUCCUGCUCUAGUCUCUAUGAGGAGGAGAACUCGAAGAAUACAAGAGAGAAUCCAAUCCACAUCAUUAAUGUGUCCAUUAAAACAGCAGACACAGAAGAUGACGACGCAUUGGUGACAGCCUUCACUUCCUUUGCUCAGACAAAGAAAACUGCCCUGUUCGAGUAUGGAAUCAGGAGAAUCACAUUUCUGGUUGCACAAAAGAGAGAAUUCCCAAAGUUCUUCACCUUCAGAGCAAGAGAUGGUUUCCAGGAGGAUCGUAUUUACCGUAAUCUGGAGCCAGCGUUAGCUUUUCAGCUGGAGCUCAACCGCAUGAGGAACUUUGGCCUGACAGCUGUUCCCUGUGCCAACCACAAGAUGCACCUCUACCUCGGUGCUGCUCGAGUGCAGGAGGGGACUGAAGUCACAGACUACCGCUUCUUCAUACGAGCUAUUAUUCGCCACUCAGAUCUCAUCACAAAGGAAGCUUCCUUUGAAUACCUUCAAAAUGAGGGAGAGCGUCUCCUGUUGGAAGCCAUGGAUGAACUGGAGGUGGCCUUUAGUAACACAAGUGUCCGCACUGACUGCAACCACAUCUUCCUCAACUUUGUUCCCACUGUUAUCAUGGACCCCUCCAAAAUAGAGGAGUCAGUUCGCUCCAUGGUGAUGCGAUAUGGCAGCCGUCUCUGGAAGCUGCGAGUCCUGCAGGCUGAGUUGAAGAUCAAUAUCCGCCUGACACCGACAGGGAAUGCCAUCCCUGUCCGCCUGUUUCUCACUAAUGAGUCAGGCUAUUACUUAGACAUCAGCCUGUACAAGGAGGUCACUGACCUGAGUUCUAGACAGAUCAUGUUCCAGUCGUAUGGAGACAAGCCAGGCCCUCUUCAUGGCAUGCUGAUCAACACUCCGUACGUGACCAAAGAUCUGCUGCAGGCCAAGCGCUUCCAGGCUCAGACUCUGGGGACUACAUAUGUCUAUGACUUUCCUGAGAUGUUCAGACAGGCACUAUUCAAGCUGUGGGGUCCAGGGGACAAAUACCCCAAAGAUGUACUGAUUUGCACUGAGCUGGUUCUGGACCCUCAAGGUCGACUUGUGAAUAUGAACCGCCUUCCUGGAGACAAUGAUGUGGGAAUGGUUGCCUUCAGGAUGAAGAUGAAGACUCCAGAGUACCCAGAGGGCAGAGACAUCAUUGUCAUCUGCAACGACAUCACUCACAUGAUCGGCUCGUUCGGCCCACAGGAGGAUGAGUUGUUCCUGAAGGCGUCUGAGCUGGCUCGGGCUGAGGGAAUCCCACGCAUUUACAUUGCAGCAAACAGCGGAGCGCGCAUCGGCCUCGCUGAGGAGAUCAAACACAUGUUUCAGGUGGCCUGGAUUGACCCCAAAGACCCCUACAAGGGGUUUAAGUACCUUUACCUGACACCACAGGACUACACACGAAUCAGCUCCACCAACGCUGUUCACUGUCAUCAUGUAGAGGAGAAUGGAGAGUCCAGGUACAUCAUCACUGACAUCAUCGGGAAGGACGAUGGUCUUGGGGUUGAGAACCUGCGAGGUUCUGGCACCAUUGCUGGGGAAUCCUCAUAUGCUUAUGAGGAGAUAAUAACAAUCAGUAUGGUGACGUGUCGUGCCAUCGGAAUUGGAGCCUAUUUGGUCCGUCUGGGACAGAGGGUGAUUCAGGUAGAGAACUCUCACAUCAUCCUGACCGGAGCAGGCGCCCUAAAUAAGGUUUUAGGCAGGGAGGUCUAUACGUCCAACAACCAGCUGGGAGGAAUCCAGAUCAUGCACAACAAUGGAGUCACACACACCACUGUGCCAGAUGACUUUGAAGGCGUCUUCACCAUCCUCCAGUGGCUCUCCUAUAUGCCAAAGAACAAACACGCCCCUGUGCCUGUCAUUGCGACUACAGAUUCAGUAGACAGGGAGAUAGAGUACACACCUACGAAAGCACCGUAUGACCCCCGCUGGAUGCUGGCUGGGAGACCUCAUCCCACUGUGAAAGGAGCCUGGCAAAGCGGGUUCUUUGACCAAGGCUCCUUCAUGGAGAUUAUGGAGUCAUGGGCUAAAACCGUGGUGGUGGGCAGAGCACGGUUAGGAGGAAUUCCCCUCGGUGUCAUCGCUGUUGAGACACGUACAGUUGAGUUAACGGUCCCAGCAGAUCCAGCAAACCUGGAUUCAGAGUCAAAGGUCCUACAGCAGGCUGGCCAGGUGUGGUUUCCAGACUCUGCGUUUAAAACAGCUCAGGCCAUCAGUGACUUCAGUCGUGAACAUCUGCCUCUCAUGGUGUUUGCAAACUGGAGGGGCUUCUCUGGCGGGAUGAAAGAUAUGUAUGACCAGAUACUGAAAUUUGGGGCUUACAUCGUGGACGCCCUGCGGGGUUUCCGUCAGCCAGUGUUGGUGUACAUCCCACCACAUGCUGAGCUGAGAGGAGGCUCUUGGGUGGUUAUUGACCCCACCAUCAACCCACUGUGUAUGGAGCUCUAUGCAGACAGAGAGAGCAGAGGUGGUGUGCUUGAGGCUGAGGGCACAGUGGAGAUCAAAUUCAGAAGGAAGGACCUGCUGAAGACCAUGAAAAGACUAGAUUCAGUCUAUGCUAGUCUAGCUGAACAGCUUGCUUCCCCUCAGUUGUCUGACAAACAAAUCAAAGAGUUGGAGUCAAAACUGAAAGCAAGGGAGGAAUUCUUGUGUCCCAUCUACCACCAGGUGGCAGUGCAGUUUGUAGAUCUCCAUGACACCCCAGGCAGAAUGCAGGAGAAGGGUGUCAUCAAUGAUGUUUUGGACUGGAAGAAUGUGCGGACGUUCUUCUACUGGCGUCUGCGUCGCCUCCUGUUGGAGCAGGUGGUGAAGUGUGAUAUUCUGCAAGCCAACCAGGACCUCAGUGAUGGUCACAUGCAGUCCAUGCUGCGACGCUGGUUUGUUGAAACGGAGGGAACAGUCAAGGCCUACCUCUGGGAUACCAACAAAGUAGUGGUUGAAUGGCUUGAGAAGCAUUUGUGUGAGGAAGACGGCACACGGUCAGCAAUCCGAGAGAACAUCAAGUACCUCAAGAGAGAAAACACCCUGAAACAUAUCCGCAGCCUGGUGGAGGCCAACCCUGAUGUAGCCAUGGACUGCAUCAUCCACAUGAGCCAGAACAUCACUCCCUCCCAAAGGGCCAAGCUCUCACAUCUGCUCGCAACUAUAGACGGCACCAGCACCAGUUAAGCAGAGGAGUUUAUCAGGUUGAAUUUUUAAGAAGAACAAAAGUUGGGUUAGCAAUGAUUGCUCUCUAGAAAUAAGAAGGGGGAAAAAUAUUUUUUAGGAUUAUAGUUGGGGCAAUUUUUCGCAAUAAUGCACGCCAGCACAAAGUGACUUAUUCCUCAGUGAUCACUGAUCCACUACAGUUUCCUUUCUGUUGGAAACAUUACCGUUAAGUGGCGUCUCUGCAGGGAUGUCAUAGCUCGUCCACUCUUGACUGAUAAGCAGAGAAUUUUUCUUUAGAUUUUUGAGGUAAACAGUAAUUUCAGCUGCUCAUUCAGGUUCACUAUCUGUGACUGUAACGCACAUUUCAAUGGCACACUUGUAAAUAAUGCUGUAUCAGUAUUAAAAAUGCCUUAAGAGGCUCUAUGCAGCCUCCAGGGGUAUAAACGUUUCAUGAAGUGGUACAUUUCAUGUUCAGGUACUGGUGCUCAUGCUCAGUUACGUACAUAUAUUAAAUGGAGAAUUUGGUUUCAAGUUUGAAUGUAGCUCAGAAGACUGAUCAGUUUUGAAACAUUUGUGGAUAAAAUAAAGAAAAUAUGGCUGAUCAUUCUGGAGACAGAAAACCACAAAUCCUAUAAAUUCUGUUAAAUUUCUUUGAGAAUAUUUAGUUUUUUCUUACAAGAAGUAAAAUGCAGAAAAGUAACUUAAAAAGAGAUGUGUUUUUCUUCUAAUAAGAACUAUCAGUAUCAGGUGUUAAUUUGUCAUUUCACUGUUGCAUGGGCUCAGUCGUCCCUUUGUUGGUCACCUGAAGUUUGUUUAUGUGUAUCUAUGCAGCAAUGUUUUAUGUGCUCAGACAAUGCUAUGAAUGUUAAGAGGGACCGUAGCACUGUAUAUCAAACUGUAGAGAUUUUCUCGUUGUCAUGAUAAUAUAUCAGUGAUAUAAUGCAGUUAUUCUUAACACUCAGGUUUUGCAUUAAAACAUUGUCAAAGUGGAUUUCGAAAAAGAUUAAUUUGCCUUACCAGUGAUUAAAAUAUCAGCCAUGAAAUGAGAUUUGAAUGUAUAUAAAGUCUUUCCUGCGUCUUGUAUUCUUACAAUACUAAGGACUGUUUGUUAAUAAAUGUCGUUGAGAUAUUUUGGCAAA